AUGGUUGCCGCGAAUAAGACUUCCCCUAAGAAGUCAACACCAACUAAGGUGAAGAAGGCGUCCAAGAGUAAGAAGGACGAUGGCAAACCGAAGAUCAAGAGAGGUCUGAGCGCAUACUUUUUCUUCAUGCAGAAGAAUAGGGAGAGGAUAAUGAAAGAGACCGGCCUCCAGAGUAAGGAUAUUGGCGAGCUCGGGAGGAAGAUGGGAGAGGCCUGGAAGGCAUUGGGGGAGAAGGAGAAGGCGCCGUAUGAGAAGUUAGCCGCUGAUGAUAAGAAACGUUACGAGCGUGAGAAGAAGGCCGCCGGCCUGUAA